CUAAGUUGCGCACCGAAAACAUCCAGUGCAUGCAUUUGAAAUAAAGACAACGGGACAACACCCAGACGUUCAAUUCAGUAGCAGCAUUAGACUACGUUGCAAAACAUGCAGCCCCACGACACUAAGGGAUGAUCACCCAGUUUCAACAGUUACGGAUUCGGAAUCCUACACGUUGUUCAUAGUGCGACGAAGCAAAUCAAUUAGGGCUCCCCCACACAGUCACGCGCGGAAUCCAACAAAUCAAUAAAUCUCGGCCCCUGAGAAUAAUAUGCUUCCGUGCAGAUUCCUUCAAUGCAUCGAUCCGCGCUCCAGCUGUUCCAGAAUCGUCAAGGAACUGGAUCUCUUCUGUAGACAUUCGGAACAACGUUCAUGUUAAAGUUGGACUUUAGUGGGAAAAGUAGAAAGUGGGGGAUGAGAGGUUGUGUGUGUGCCGGAUGCGGAACUGGGUGGAGGAGACGGACGGGCAUGGGUGUACCCGGCAGCAAGGGGACAACGAGACUAGGGAGCCUUAUUUGCGGGGAGAUGCAUUUGCUGAAGACUUUUUGUGCAUUACGGCAUGCUCCCAAGCUGCUGCUGCUCCAAGUUUUGGCCUAACUCGUACUUUUACAUACAUUUUGACAUCGUGCAUCUUUGGAUGAUCGUUUGGCCAUAGCUGGAUACUUCUGCCCCACGCCCACCGUGUAUGCUGCCCAUGUGGGAACUGGGUGCAAUUCGAUUGGAGCAUCUGAAUGUGGAUUAAUUUUGUUAGGGAUUGAUCCUACUUCCAAUUACUCGGAAUUCCGACUGCAGGGGGUGUGCGUUUGAAGGUGAAGCUUGAGGCGUUGUGAUAUUGAUGGCUGGUAGGAGUUUAUCAUGCGCGCGCCCGAUUGGUCUAGUUUGUUUGGAAUCUGCCAUGGGGAGACGAUGCCGAGAGGGUAGAAUUUGAGUUCUGGAAGUUGAUGUUAUUUCUGUCUGGGAUCGAUUACUGGUUGCGUUUCGGUGCGUUAAGAGCGGUGUUGCUUUGCUUUUUCAUCUGGGAUAAUUUUCACGGUUGUGGAUUUGUGGUCUUGGGGAGGGGGUUGCGUGGUGAAUUUUUGUUGCGUGGUGGAGACGGUAGUUUGGUUGGAGCAGCUCAAGGAUCCGCUUGCUGGGAUUAGGCCAUGAAUACCGCCAGAUAACAGGAGAGGGCGAAGCUUUGCAGCAGCGAUAGAGAAUUGAUUGGAUGGGAUUUGAAUGGGUCGAUUAGACAUGAGUAGAUUGGUUCGAAGCCGGAAGAACACGACCACGAACCAGCAUGCCGCCAUACAGGGACGAAUUCACGCAAGUCAAUGUAUCACAAAAGAUGAUGUCGUCCAGCUGUUUCACAUCAACAAAACACCAUGCCAGGGAUGUCGAGCCAAUUCUAAGGACAAUCCCAACUGUUUCUGUUGCUUUGUCCCGCCAUCCAAUGGCGUCCGGAAGCAGGGAUUGUGGCAAAAGGUGGCCAACUCGGUCACUGAGCUUGGACCUGACCCGGGCGAAGCGCUGAGGCCUUCUCAAGACUCUCCAUCUGGGCUUACCAACCUCGGAGCUACAUGCUACGUGAAUAGCGUUCUGCAAUGCUUGUACAUGACUAGAGCAUUUAGGACAGGUGUUUUUGCAGCAGAGAUGGAAUUGGUGAGAUCUCAUCCAGUGCUUUACCAGCUUGGCUUGCUGUUUGCUCAGCUCCAUUCCGGUAAAAAGAUAGCAGUGGACUCCGCUCCAUUUGCAAGCACUCUUGAGCUCGACAAUGCCGUCCAGCAGGAUGGUCAAGAGUUUAUGAAGCUGUUGCUCUCGCUUCUUGAGAGCGUGCUUGGGAUGUCUCAGAAUGUGCGAGCUCGGAACGUUGUACAAAACGUUUUCCGAGGAACUUAUUCAUAUGUUAUCACGUGUUCGAAGUGCGGGCAAGAGUCGGAUCUUUCUAAGCAGGCGGUUGACUUCUACGAGCUGGAAUUGAAUGUUAAGGGUUUCACCAGCUUGGAGGAGAGUAUGAAUGACUAUCUAAGUGAAGAAAUAUUACAGGGUGAAAAUCAAUGGAUGUGUGAGAGCUGUAAAACGCGUGUCGAUGCCACUCACUGUACCAAGCUUCGUUCAUUGCCACCGGUAUUGAAUUUUCAGCUCAAGCGCUUUGUAUUCAAUACGAAGACCUCAACCAAGAAGAAAGUGACCUCCAAGUUUAGCUUUCCCAGGACGAUUGAUAUGGGUCCUUGCUUAAGUACGUAUGCUGAUAUUGAAAGCAGAGCCGUGUACGACUUAUCUGCCAUACUCGUUCACAAAGGAAGCAUGGCCAAUAGCGGUCAUUAUGUUGCACAUAUCAAAGAUGACCGCACUAGUGAAUGGUGGCAGUUUGAUGAUGAACAAGUAACAAGUCUUGGUUUUCAUCCUCUUGGAGAGGCCACAUCUCAAUCUGCAGCUUCAAAAGAUGCUGUCACACAGGAAGAUGCAAGUGGCAGGGAUCAACCUCUUCAAGCAAUUGUUAGUGAAGCCUCAGGUUCUGUUGACGCUUCAUCACGAUCGCACUCUGAAUCUGAGAUUUUGACUUCAGCAGAUGCCUACAUGUUGAUGUACAUCCGCAGGGCUGAUGCUGAAAAUGAUAAGCUAGCAGUUUUUGCUGUUGGCGAACCUUCACCAAUGGAGGUUGAGGGAGACCGACGGAUUGAUGACUGCGCUGGUUUACCAGAGCAGCUUCGUUUGGAGAUUGAUCAGAUGAACAAUGAUUUUGAAGCAAUGUGCUCAGAAUACACACGUCGGCGUGAAGAAGAAUUGACAAGGAUUGGCGAGCGAAAGGAAGAAGUCCGGUCUAUCUUGGCUCUAGCGACUGCUAAAGCACUUGAAGAACCCUUUUUCUGGAUUUCAACGGAGUGGCUGCGAUCAUGGGCUGAUAGUUUGACACCUCCGGCUUCUAUUGAUAAUUCACCUCUGCUCUGUCCACAUCAGAAAGUAAGCCCAAAGAGUUUGCCCGUCAUGAAGCGCAUUUCUGCAAAAGCGUGGAAGCAGCUGGAAGCCUUGUACAAAGGAGGACCUGCAAUAUCUGGAGACGACUACUGUGUUGAGUGUAUUUUUGAGGACGCCAGAGCAGCUGCCUCUGCAGAUACUUACCGUGAUCAAAGGAUGUAUAUGCGAGAGGUCAUUGAAGAUGUUUUAAACGGCCGUGGCCUUGACGACAAGACUUACUUGGUGUCUAAAACUUGGCUGCAACAAUGGGUGCGGCGGAAAGUUGCAGAUGCACCUUCAGACGCCGAUGCAGGACCAACAGCAGCCUUACGGUGUCCUCAUGGAGGCCUGUUACCAGAGCAAGCAGCUGCAGCGGCCAGAAGACAGCGAGUACCGCAAAUCGUCUGGGAAUAUUUAGUUCAUAAUGCGGAACUCGUUGAGAAUUCCAAUGCAGAAGGGCACCAAGCCUUCCCAGGGGAUCAAAAUACUUGUUCACAAUGUCAGAUAGAAGUUAACAAGGCGGCUACGAAGAAGGAAGGGCUGAGGGCAACUAAAUUUGAACAACGAGCCAAACACGAAGCACUUUAUGGUGGUAAACCAACGGUUAUUUUUCCUGGUUGUACAUAUUACUUAGUACCUACGGUUUGGCUCUCUAAGUGGCGUGCGUACUUAGGUGCGGCUGGCAAGAAUGUCCUGGCAGUUGAUGAACCAGUUGGACUUGAAGGUUUCAUUCUGUCUCUUCUUUGUCAAAAGCACGAAGGAAUGCUAUUCAAGCCUCCUUCAUUAACAAGAGGACGGCGUGGUGAGAUUGUUCAACGAACGUUCAAUGAUGAUGUUUUUACAGUCAUUUCGGAAGAUGACUGGCAUAACUUAUGCCAACAGUGGGAGAUAGAUGCAGCAAAAGGCAUUCGUGCAGAGGUUGAGCUGGGGAACCUUAGUACAGAUAUCAAUAAGAAUAAUGCCUUUGAAGGGGAAGUAUUGGCUGCCCAGACUCAGGAAACGAAUGUGCCUGAUGACAGCAAUGGAAGAAAGCCAGAAAUUAUUCAUCUUUCAGAUGAAGACGAUCGAGGUAUUAAGUUCGAGAAUGCCCCUAUUUUACGGACUACGCCUGAGGUAUGUAGGGAAUGUAUAGAGGAGCGAGAAACUCACGAAUUUCUUACUAAACUUAACUACACAAACAGAGAAAUUUCAGUAACCUUGGUAAGGGGCAAAGAACCUCCACCUUCUCUGCUCCUCUCCCCGGGGAGUGAGGCUGAGCGACGUACUUCAAAGCGAGCAAGGCGAGCAUCAGCUACUUCGAACGGCCGUAUUCAGUUGAAUGUGUCUGGGGAUACUACAGUUUUUCAACUGAAGCUGCAAAUUUGGGAAUCUCUUGGGGUGGUGAAGGACAAUCAAAAGUUGCAUAUUGGUAAGGAGGAGCUUUUGGACGACAACGCCACUUUAGCAGAUCUCAAUAUAUUACCAGGAACUAACUUAUGGGUUAUGGAUACUGGGCAGCACGAGAACCGUGACAUUGCAGAGGAAUUAACAACUGAAAAGCCUGGACGUAUAGAAACUGAAGAAGGAUUUCGAGGAACAAGGCUUCUCAUGGGGGGCCUUCCUAGUCUUGUGGAGUCUCUGGCUGCUCAUGCAGUCCAGAGUGGGUUUGUGCCUCCACUUUUUGAUUCCAACAAUGGCUCUGAGCCAAUCAGAAUGGCUGAGACAUCUACCGCUGAAAACCAGAAAAUGGAUGCCAGUAACUCAAGGGUGGAAGUAUCAGACGAACCGAUGGACACUGAGCGACUAGAACCAGAGAGAGUUACUCAGCGCACUUCGGCUGAAGGCAGUUCAGAUAGCCAUCCUUCAGUGGUUGACGCUGCUGGACCAGAUGAAAGACCUGAUGUAUCAACUGUGGACAUGGAACUCAUGGAGGAAGCAGGAAACUCCACUCGCAAGCAAUAUAUUGGCUGCUGGUCACACUCACCUGGAGACUCAGCAAGUGUAGGCAAUCCUAUGGAUGUAACCGUUUUGCUCGGCAGUAAUUUACGCAAUGGUCAUGGAGAUGGUUUAAGGAAUGUAGAGAGCACUGCACCACACGUGAGCCCUGGUGAUGAGGAAGAGGAAGAGGAAGAAGAUGAAGCAGACGAAGAAUGCCUUGGUAUUAGAGUUUUGAAUUGUGGCGUUACUGGUAAGAGCAUUACUCGUGACGCUGAGACGGAAGCAGAGACUCAUUUGAUGGAUUUCAAGGUUAGAGACUUUGAUAGCUUAUCUCAAACGCAUCAAGCGUACGAGAUUGAGAUGUAAGGAGCUGCGGACCUAGGAGCGGAUAGUACUGAGUACCAAUCUGGAUCUUAUCAGCGGCCCAUAGCCCUCAAUUGAGGUGGCGGACUCAUAAUCCAGGUUCAAUUUUUUUUAGUAAAUUAUUAAAUUUUCUGAGCAGCCACUCUUGAUUGUGAUAGUGAAGGAUUGUAUUUUGUCCCUUUGGACUUUUUGUUAUUGGUACCUGUUUAAUUUUUCCAUGCUCU